AUGGCAGCUCCGAGCGCUUCAGCGAUUUCAAAGUUGCACCCGCAACCAAGUGGAGAUGAGGCGACUCUCGCCAAGCUAGGAUAUAAGCAGGAAUUUCGCAGGGAAUUCACUCCGCUAGAGGUGGCUGGACUUGCAUUCAGCUUCUUUGGAGUGGUUCCUUCUAUAACCUCCGUGCUCUUCUAUACAAUACCAAACGGUGGGCCUGUCGCGAUGGUUUGGGGUUGGGUAUUUGCUUGCCCCUUUAUUCUCUGCACCGGGAUGGCGUUGGCAGAGCUCGCAUCAGCAGCACCUACUUCUGGCGGCCUAUACUAUUGGACUUACUCUCUCGCUUCUCCACGAUGCCGCAAUUUUCUGUCGUGGAUAGUUGGCUAUUCGAAUACCAUAGAGAUGAUCAUGGGAGUUUCUUCCGCAAACUGGGCCUGUGCAAUUCAAAUUACUGCAGCAAUCAGUAUUGCCUCCUCUGACCAGACAUAUACGACUACCAACCAGCAGCUCUAUGGUAUAUACGCAGCUUUGGGUUUGUCACAAGCUGUCAUCGUGAGCCUCGGUACCAAAGUUUUGGCAAGGUUGCAGAGACUAUUCACGUUGGUGAACGCAUCCCUUUGCUUCAUAAUCAUCAUCGCGCUUCCGAUCGCGACGCCACCGGAUUAUCGAAACAGCCCAAAUUUUGCGCUAGGGGAAUUCACCAACUUGGCCGGCUGGCCAUCCGGAUUCGCAUUUAUUUUGAGCUUAAUGGCUCCUCUUUAUACGAUAGGGGGUUAUGAUGCUAGCGUUCACAUGAGCGAAGAGGCCUCAAAUGCCGCGAUGGCGAUACCAUGGGCAAUAGUCAGUUCCGUUAUUGUAUCAGCCUUCCUUGGUUUAGGAAUCAACAUCACCCUUGCCUUUUGCAUGGGCACUGAUAUCGGCAGCCUCUUCGAUAGCCCUCUUGGCCAGCCUAUGGCCCAAAUAUUGUUCAAUUCGCUCGGGCAGCAAAAAGCCCUGGCUAUAUGGUGUCUCAUUAUUAUAGCGGAGUACAUCAUGGCAUCGAACUGCCUCCUGGCUGGCUCUCGCCAAACGUUUGCAUUUGCUCGUGAUGGAGCGCUCCCUUUUUCACGGUAUUUGUACCGGAUCAAUCGCUACACAGGAACACCCGUCAACACGGUUUGGUUCGAAAUCAUCUGCUCUCUGGCAAUUGGACUUUUGUCAUUCGUAAGCACCCAAGCCAUCGAUGCGGUAUUCACAAUUGCUGUCACCGCAUCGUAUAUCGCGUACAUAACGCCGAUCACGAACCGCUGGGUGUUCAAGAAUGAUUUUAAACCCGGUCCAUUUUAUCUGGGGAAACUGAGCUUUCCGGUCUCUGUGAUCGCUGUGGUAUGGAUGGUCUUCAUGAGCUUUGUUUUCUUCUUUCCCGCGACCCCGCAAACAACGGCACAGGAGAUGAACUAUACGGUUGUGGUGCUUGGAGGGUUCAUGUUUCUGGCGAUUUCCUGGUAUUAUUUCCCGGUGUAUGGAGGUGUACAUUGGUACACUGGACCCGUUGCCAACUUUACGCCGGCCACCAGAGACGAAGAUUCUAUAUCGGAGAGGAAGGAUGAACAUGAUGUCGAUAUCUAUGUUGAAGCGGUGGAUGUAUAAGUAGUGUUCAUAUAAUAUUGUCGUGAAGUCAAUGGUAUACAAAGAUGAUACGUAUGUAUUCGAUAGCAUACAGUGUUGUAUACAAUCCUAGAGUACGAGUGUUUCAAACUUUGGCCUCGCC